AAGCCAGUACAGGGGGGGGAGGGCGCUAAAACAGGGGGCGCACCACUAAAACAGGCGCUGGGGCAUUUUGCAGGUGGAUCUGAUGUGAUCGAGUACACGGCGUCUGAGUCACUCCGCUGCAUAGCUUGGGAUUUAUAUCAAGGCGCGUUUCCUUAUACGUUAUACAGAGCCUUACAAGCAACGAUAGCAGACAAAUACGAGCAGCAGACAACAUGCAAGAAAAUGAACCAGUGAGGAAGAUUUGGGUUGUAGGCCAGUGGAUUUGGGGAGACGAUGCCGAGACAGCGGUAUUCGCCCAAGCCUAUGGGGACAACCGGACAUGCAUUUUUAGGUUCAAAACAGACAAGAAGCAGCCUCUGAGUUUGUCUACUCGACUAGUCAACUGCUACCAUGAUCUUGAUAUUGAUGAUGAGAAAGAAAGCUUCCCAAGUCGACCUCAUAUGCGUGUUGCUCUGGGCUGCAGUGGCAUCUGUAUGGAAGGACUGCGUCGAAUCCACUGAUGUUGUAGAUCUAGAUGUCAUCAUUGAUAUGAAAAUGGAAGCAGACAGUGGCACAAUUACCUGGGAGGUGUGCCACGAUCCUACUUUUAACAACUAUCUCGAGCAUCUCCUCCCGAUAGACAGCUUCGACUUUCAUCACCCCUUCAACGUCGUUCCAUUUGCAUCUCUAAUUCAAAAACAACAAUUGGAUGGCAGGGGCUAUUCAAUACUCACAACAUUUGAGUCUGAUCCCAGUCGCCCUGCUGUGUUUAAAGGCAUUGAUCUACGCACAUACCUUAAUAUAUACGAAGACAGACCCAUUAUCCAAGAAGUGGCGGGUUUCUAUCACUCUCUAAAGUUAGUCGACAAGAUGCCUCGACAUAAGAAUAUGAAAGCCCCACCUCCGACUCUUGUUACUCUACAUAGACUAAGCGAUGAAGCAACCAUGCUUUGUGGCGCCUUGGAACCGUUUGUUUCACGGGGAUCACUGGGUGACGUGAUUGAACAAGCAAACAUGGCUGGAGAGCGACUUGGAAUGGCGCAAAAGGUCGAUUUGUGUCUCCAAAUGGCUGAAGCAAUUGCACAAACACACCUUGUCGCGCAUACAUUCCACAUGGACAUCAAGCCUGGAAAUCUUCUGAUCGAGGAUGACGGAACACUGGCUCUCAUUGAUUGGGAGCAGAAUGGUGUGCCCCCCACGACCGCAGCGCCAGAGGUUGACGGAACCUGGGACGCGGAACUUUCCGCUGAUGGCAAAUUGGUAUAUACAAAAUACAAGGGACCGGAGAGAUCAAACAUGCCCGAGGAGGCAUGGGGUAAUAUGGGAUGGACGAAAUGGAACGUGCUCACUCUUUGGCAGGAACAGUGUCCUAAAGCUCUUGAACUGGCUGAAGUCUUUAGCGUAGGGAGAAGCAUCCACAUGCUUCUGCGCCAACCAGACACUGAUGGCUUUGACGAUAUUGAAGACACACUGGAGAUGAUAGAGGAUUGGGAUGAGUGUGAUGACGUCCAGAGUCACUCAAGCAGCUUGUGAUGAAGUGUGUCAAGCACGACCAUCUGAAGAGGAUGGGUUUGGCAGAGCUUGUGACCGAGUUGAAGGCCAUCAUAGCAAAGGGGCAUCCAUAAACUUCCUUUUAUAAUGCAUUCGAAUCUUACAUUCCCGAGAAUGAAAUUCGUGUGACUGUCUCUUUCUCUAGACACUUACAAGAAGACCCAGUCCAUACCGUCGCCCUCAUUUCCCAAAACGGCAAUCCCCUCCAGCACAGACCAGCCCAGCGGCGCCACUAAAAAAUUCCCAACGGCCCCGCUGAAGCUCC